AUGAAAGGGUCGACUCUGCUAGGAUGGGCUUCAAUGCCUGCAGCUCUCGCCCUGGGCAUUCCUCCUACUCAAGUGGUGCUCCCCGGCAAGAUUACCAAGGGUCUCAAGACGCUCACUUCCUUUGCAAGCAAAGACGAGAUCUGUCCACAGGCACCCAAGGUUGCAGUGCCCGCGGAUGGCUUGCAUGAAUCAGUGGCCUUUCUCAAGGAUGAGCAUUUCCGAGCUCGUCAGGCCCAGCGAUUAUCGAGGGCGGUCCAGGUGCCGACCACCGUGGGGGAUUUUGCGACUGACCCCUACGAUAAAUCCUUUGAGCCAAUUGUCGAGUUUCAGUCGCUGCUGAAGAAGAUGUUUCCUCGGGUUCACACUAAAGCCAAAGUAGAACACAUCAAUCGUUUGGGCUUGGUGUUUACUUUGCAAGGGAGCGACCCCAGUCGCAAACCAAUCUUACUCAUGGCGCACCAGGACGUCGUGCCCAUUGAUGAUCCGUCUGACUGGACGCACCCGCCUUUUUCUGGCCACUUCGACGGCGAGUGGAUCUGGGGUCGAGGCUCGAGCGAUUGUAAGAACACCUUGAUCGGUCUGAUGUCCAGUGUGGAAGAUCUGUUAUCCCAGGAAUGGCACCCGAGUCGCACGAUCGUGCUAGCCUUUGGCUUCGACGAGGAAUCGCACGGGUUCCUGGGAGCCGGAAAUAUUUCGACCGUUCUCGAGGACCGGUACGGUCGGGACAGCUUCGAGUUUAUCCUCGAUGAAGGCGGCACCGGAUUGAGAAACAUCGGCAACGAUACCAGUAUCCUCUAUGCUUCGCCUGCUGUUGGUGAGAAGGGGAGCCUUGACCUUGUGCUUGAUCUUGCGGUACCGGGUGGUCACAGCAGUGUUCCCCCGACGCACACGGGCAUCGGUAUCAUGGCCGAGAUCAUCUACGAGCUAGAGCGCCAAGAGCUCUUCUCUCCACGUCUGGAUCCAUCUCAUCCUUCAUACGGGAUGCUGGGAUGUCAGGCCCGGUAUUCACCUGACCACGUCGAGCCCUGGCUGUCCGAGAAAUUGGUCCAUGGAGACCCCGAAUCCCUGGCCGAGGCGCUGGCCGACUCCCGGGGUCCUGCCGUUCGAUAUACUCUUCAGACCUCUCAAGCCGCCGACCUGAUCACUGGUGGUGUCAAGACCAAUGCUCUGCCGGAAAAGAUCUCAGCGGUCGUCAACUAUCGCGUGGCUCUUCACAUGACCGCCGACCAGCUCCGUGAACGCGCCGUCCGCAUCAUUGAGCCCAUCGCCAAAGCUCACAACAUCACUCUGCAUGUCGACUUUGCCGGCUCGGCUAAUCCCACGGGCAUGUUUGACGGCACGGGUGACCGCACUCUCGUGCUCUCGCCCUUGAUGGAGCCUCUCGAUCCUGCCCCGAUUUCCCCCACCGAUCCCCUGACUUCUCAGACCUGGGCACGAUUCUCGGGAGUGAUUCGCAGCGUGUUUGAAUCCCAUUCGAAUCCGUUGACCUCGAAGAGCAGUGCUGAAUCCGAGACCAUCCCCAAGGUCGUGGUCACCGGCGACAUCAUGACUGGCAAUACCGACACGCGGUUCUACUGGUCAUUGACGGAGAACAUUUAUCGCUGGGCGCCGUCUCGCGAGGACGGUUCUUACAAUAUCCACACCGUCGAUGAGCGAGUCCACCUGGACGCUCACUUGGAAGGAGUUAUGAUCUUAUCCGAUCCUUUGACCAAUGGUCAGAUUGAAAUCGAGAAUGGAAUGGCAUCUAAGGUUGUGGCGAGCAUGGUGGAAAAGGAUGUUCAACCUCGAAACUGGCUGCUCCCGGUGAAUUUGUGA